AUCCCGAAAUUAUUGUUUUAUGGCCUUUUUGUUGAGUGUGAUGAAACUGUAUUUGAGUAUGGCCAAAAAUGUGAGUAAACUGGACCGUAUUUUUUGUGCUACUGUCUCUUUAAAUGCGGCGGGCUGCCCUGUUGUGCUGUUGCUGUGCUGGAAACCCCGUACUGAUUUAGAAGGGACCCAAGAUGGCUGAAAACUCAAAGGGGCACAUAGCAAUUAUCAUAGCAAGACGUCUGGAAUGAAUGGCAAAUAACAAUAUAAUGUAUAGCGCAGCUUUGAAGUAAUUGUUUUACUCCAGUCUGUUGGCCUGCUUAUUUUUAGGAAACCUGAAUAUGAAUAGGGAGAGAAAGGUCUCUCCGCGGCCCCGAGCCAGAACAUGGCGGAAUACUUGGGGAAGAAAUACAAGCUAAUGCUAGUUAGCUGUCGUAUUAUUUAAAGAAAAGUUAAAGCGCUGGUAUUGAAUUGAAUCGGUGUUUUCUGUCUGCAAGUAUGAAAUAAUGAUAUCGGGGCUGAGUUGUGGUUAAAUUUGUUUCUGGGGCUAGUUCGGUUCAGUUUUUUAGCUGGCGUAGCUCUGGCUAACGUUACCUGCAAGCGUACAAACUGUACCAACAAGAAGGCAUUGUGUUUAUAAUCUCAGUUGAAACAGCGGAACUUGUUUUAAAUAGAAACAUUUCAUAUAUUAGCUUGGGCUCUGUUUUGUCUUUCAGUCGCUGUUUUGUCGGUUAAUGUAGCAUUUUUGGUUUUGUUAAUUAGACAGUCGUUACUUUGCUAAAAUGGUUUGUGCCGUUUUUGUGUGGCGCUCUGCCUGCACCAAUGGUCAGAUAAGUUUUGGGGCAGCUCGGCUAAACUAAGUAAAUGUUAUACGUGCAGCGUCCCCAUUUUCUAUUUUAUUUUCCACUUUGACGCUAAUUCAAAGCGAAGGUCGAGCCCUCUGAAAAGUUGUCAGAACUGCAUUGAAAAGUUAAACGGGUGAUAAAAGUAAAUUGAAGUUGUGGCGUUACUAGGUGAGCCACACGCCCUGUAAGACCCAAGAAGUUCGGGAUCACAAUCACCUGCCAGGAUGACGGACACUCGUAGACGAGUCAAAGUCUAUACCCUCAACGAGGACAGACAGUGGGAUGAUCGUGGGACCGGACACGUCUCCUCGGGCUAUGUGGAACGUUUGAGGGGGACUUCUCUUCUGGUGCGAGCAGAGAGUGAUGGGUCGUUAUUAUUGGAGUCCAAAAUCAACCCAAACACAGCCUAUCAGAAGCAACAGGAUACAUUGAUAGUAUGGUCAGAGGCUGAAAAUUACGACUUGGCAUUGAGCUUCCAGGAGAAGGCUGGAUGUGAUGAAAUCUGGGAGAAAAUAUGCCAGGUGCAGGGAAAGGACCCUUCAGUGGACAUCACGCAAGAGGUGGUGGAUGAGUCUGAGGAGGAGCGGUUUGAUGAAAUGUCAUCGCCAGGUCUUGAGUUGCCACCGUGUGAAUUAAACCGCUUGGAGGACCUCGCUGAGCUGGUGGCUUCUUCUCUCCCGUCACCUUUGCGACGUGAGAAACUAGCACUGGCGGUGGAGAAUGAAGGCUACAUUCGCAAGCUUCUGGAACUGUUUCGUAUGUGUGAGGAACUGGAGAACAGAGAAGGACUGCAACAUUUGUACGAAAUAAUUAAAGGCAUCUUCCUGCUGAAUCGCACUGCACUCUUUGAGGUUAUGUUUUCGGAUGAGUGCAUCAUGGAUGUCAUUGGCUGCCUGGAAUUUGAUCCGGCGCUGCCUCAGCCACGGCGGCAUCGAGAGUUUCUCACAAAGACGGCCCGAUUUAAAGAGGUGAUUCCCAUUUCUGAUCCUGAACUGCGUCAGAAAAUACAUCAGACAUAUCGCGUGCAGUACAUUCAGGAUAUGGUUCUGCCAACACCCUCUGUUUUCGAGGAAAACAUGCUGUCCACCCUGCACUCCUUCAUCUUCUUCAACAAGGUGGAGAUUGUGGGCAUGCUACAGGAUGAUGAGAAGUUCUUGACAGACCUCUUUGCACAGCUAACAGACGAGGCUACAGACGACAACAAAAGACAAGAACUGGUAAACUUCCUAAAGGAGUUCUGUGCAUUCUCGCAAACAUUACAACCUCAAAACAGAGACGCCUUCUUCAAGACGUUGUCAAACAUGGGCAUUCUUCCUGCACUGGAGGUCAUACUGGGAAUGGAUGACGUUCAGGUGCGUGGGGCCGCCACAGAUAUAUUCUCUUAUCUAGUGGAGUACAACCCCUCCAUGGUACGAGAGUUUGUCAUGCAGGAAUCUCAGCAAAAUGAUGACGACAUCCUCCUCAUCAACCUGAUCAUCGAACACAUGAUCUGCGAUACAGACCCAGAACUUGGUGGAGCGGUGCAGCUAAUGGGCUUGCUACGGACUCUGUUGGAUCCAGAGAACAUGCUGGCUACUGCGAAUAAAACAGAAAAGACCGAGUUCCUCAGCUUUUUCUACAAGCACUGCAUGCAUGUCCUCUCUGCUCCAUUAUUAGCUAACACCACGGAGGAGAAACCCAGCAAAGAUGAUUUUCAAACUGCCCAGUUGCUUGCCCUGAUUUUGGAGCUGCUAACGUUUUGUGUGGAGCACCACACGUAUCACAUCAAGAACUACAUCAUCAACAAAGAUAUCCUCAGGAGGGUACUGGUUCUCACUGCCUCUCAACACGCCUUCCUGGCACUGUGUGCCCUGCGCUUCAUGAGGAGGAUUAUUGGCUUGAAAGAUGAAUUCUACAACCGCUACAUCAUGAGAAACUUCCUCUUUGAGCCCGUCAUCAAGGCCUUUCGGAAUAAUGGCUCCCGCUACAAUCUCAUGAACUCUGCCAUUAUUGAAAUGUUUGAAUACGUCCGAGUGGAGGACGUUAAAUCCCUGACGGCUCACAUAGUGGAGAACUACUGGAAGUCUCUGGAGGAUGUGGACUACGUUCAGACGUUCAAGGGCCUAAAGCUGAGAUACGAACAGCAGCGAGAAAGGCAAGACAACCCCAAGCUGGAUAGCAUGCGCUCCAUCCUACGGAACCACCGUUUCCGUAGAGAUGCACGGACGCUGGAGGAUGAAGAGGAAAUGUGGUUUAACACAGAUGAAGAUGACCUUGAGGAUGGCGAGGCAGUUGUUCUACCUUCUGACAAGAUGAAGAGUGAGGAAGACCUCAUGGAGCCGAUCAGCAAAUUCAUGGAGAGAAAGAAAUUAAAAGACACAGAGGAUAAAGAAGUUUUGGGGAAGUCGAGCUUGUCGGGUCGACAGAAUCCCAGCUUCAAGCUUUCCUUCUCUGGAUCCACUAAAACGAGCCUGGCAAGCCCCCCCUCAUCUGCCUCACUGAACCCAGGCUCUCCGGGGUCACCAGGGUCUCCAGGCUCGGGGGCACGGAGCUCACCCCCCACCACAGCAGUAACCACAAAGGGAGGUUUAGUGGGACUAGUGGACUAUCCUGAUGAUGACGAAGAGGAGGAAGAGGAGGAGGAUGGGGAGAGUAAAGAGGAGCCUUUGCCACCUACGAAGAAGUCCAAGCUGAGCUCGUAAAGGAAUCCCCGCCGCAGCGUGUGCUCCGCUCAGUCUCAGAACACAGACUCACAGGAACGAUCAAACUUGUUGACAAAUUGAAUGAAUAAAAUCACCCGUCGUCGUCAACGGGUGGCCAAACGAGGAGCGGACUGUUGAUGAAAAGCCUCCUCGGACUCGCCCAAUUCAUAAAAGUGCCAAUCAGGAGACAAGGAUCGGAGCCCCAACCCCCCCUCUGAGAAGCGGAGCGGACGAGAGGACCGUUUCGGUGGAGAUCUCUUAAUAAACGAGAGCCUGCCGGGUUUUUACUGAUUUCUCAGCUGGAGGAGAAAAAAAAGACCACAUACGAAUACAAAUGUACACAGAUGGAAAUACCACAGAGCUCACAUGCUCGGCUCAUGACCCACUGCCCCCUCCCCCUGCCCCCCCACUCAGGGAAGGACAUCACAGCGGCCCAGAUGGGUCAGCCAAUUCAGACCCAGAACCACCGAUUGCACCCAUUCCCUCCCUAGAGUUUGCUUCCUCACUGUUCCUUUCUUCUUUUCUCCUCUGCUCCUGUUUUCCUUCUAUUAGUCUCUUUUCUUCCCUUUUAUGUUAGUAAAUAGGACCAGACGGGAGGCAGCAGCGAGGCAAACCGCUGCCCUUGUUGUCACUUGAUGUCAUCAUUGUUGUCGUUAUUUCUCUGAAGAGAAAAAAAAGCCAGCAGUUUCUGCGUUAUUUUCCUUUUGUUCUCUUAUUUGUCUCAAUCUUUGACCUGUUUUUUUGUAAAAUUACAACAACAACAAAAAAAGACCUGCCUUUAAAUGUUCAGGAUGUUUUCAGUCACACUUGAACAGGUUUUUAAAAACCUCAGUAGGCGAGCUAGUUUUACCCUUUUUGCCCUUUGAAACUACAGAUUUUUUGGAGAAUUUGUAAUCCCAUCAUCAUUAAAGAUCGAGUGGAAUUCUAGAUGUGAUGAAUUUUGUCAUAUCUUUUCUCUUUUUUCCCCCCUUUUACAUGAGUGUACUCUUAGUUGUUCGGAAAACUUGGGACCAUUAAAAGAUAUUUGCUGUAA